AUGGACCCUGAGUACAGCCUUCAGGAUGUUUUGCGAUGCCAUCUGUGUGAGGACCUGGGCCCCCCUAUGUACUGUGACAUUUGUCACAUACAUCUGUGUAAAGCCUGUGUGGGGGAACAUCUCUUUGAUCUAUCCAAAGAACACAAAGUGGUGUCAUUUAAAUUGAGAGGAUCUACUCCUAGGUGUCAAAAACAUGGAACCACAAAACUAUGUGAACUUUACUGUAACCAAUGUGACAUUCCUAUUUGUGCGAAAUGUCUUUUCUCUGGAGAACACAAUGGCCAUCAAUUUAUUGAAAUAACUUAUAACCUUGACACCAGGAAAGAAAUCAUUCAAAAAGAUUUACAUGAACUAGAGAAAUCCAUUUAUCCCAAAUACCAAGAGAUUGCAUCCAUUAUCCCAGUCCAAAAAACUGCUCUGAAUGAGAACUCCAAGAAAUUAACAACAGAAAUCGACAAACAUGGAGAAGACUUGCACAGAGAAAUAAACACCAUAAUCAGAAACAUGAAAUCUAACGUGAAGGAAAUGGACACCAAACACCUGGCUGUCCUAAAUCAACAAGAAGAUGAAAUUAAACACACCAUUUCUGAAAUCACACGGACCAUUGCUGAACUGAAGACGUUACUGGACUCCAUUGAAUUCAGCCGUUUCUCUGCCUACAAAUCCAGGAAUGAUGAAUUCAGAAGAUUAAGAUUGCCUCCUAAACUCACAGUGUCCUUACCAAGUUUUACCCCUCAGAAGAUCAACAAAGAACAGCUUUAUCAACAGUUUGGUUCUCUGUCAGCGUCAUCUAUCAAAACAGAAGAACGUGGCUACACCAUGGAAUCUCCCGGUGCCGAGUCCUCUCCCCCGGACAGAUCGCUCAUUGAUGUACCACGGAUCAUCACACAGAUAAACACCAAGUAUGGAGGAUUACGCAGUGUGUCCUGUCUGAGGGAUGAGGAGAUGUGGACGUGUGGUGAGGACAGCAUCAUGAGACUGUAUGACCUCAGUGGGGAACUAGUGAAGUCAGUCCAAACCAAGUCAGGGAACAAUCCAUGCGACAUAGCAGUGACAAGAAGUGGGGAUCUAGUUUAUACUGAUUACAAUGAUAGAACUGUGAACAUAGUGGAGAAUACACAGAUACAGACAGUGAUCAGACUACGAGAGUGGAGACCUCUCAGUGUCUGUAGUACCUCCUCUGGUGACCUCCUGGUUGUCAUGGACAGUGAUGAUUAUAAACAAACAAAAGUCGUGUGUUACUCUGGCUCCACAGAGAAACAAAGUAUUCAGUUCGACGACAAAGGACAACUUCUCUAUUCGUCUAGUCCUUGCAUUAAAUACAUAAGUGAAAACAGGAACCUAGAUAUCUGUGUGUCAGACCAUGGAGCCAGUGCAGUAGUGGUGGUCAAUCAGGCCGGGAAACUCCGCUUUAUCUACACUGGUCCUCCCUCUACUACCAAGGGAUCAUUUGAUCCACGUGGCAUCACAACAGACAGCCAGGGUCGGAUCCUGACAGCAGACAUCUACAACGACCGUAUCCACAUCCUGGAUCAGGACGGACAGUUCCUCCGCUACAUUGACAACUGUCAUUUACAGUGGCCAUGUGGUUUAUGUGUGGACACCAGAGACAACCUCUUUGUGGCUGAGUACUGGACAGGUAAAGUGAAGAAAAUACAAUAUGCCUAGAACAUUACACAGCAGUGUAACAUUGUUUAUAUGUAUUACAUGUUAACAACUGACUGUGUGGAUAUAUAAAACAUGUUUAUACUUCAUAAUAACAAACUGUUUUAGUGUGGUGAUUGUAUCGUCAACAAAUGGACUGUCUAUGAAUUUAAUGUCAAAACAAACUAUGUUCAUUAAAAGAAUACAUUCAGAGAAACCUUGUUUGGUAUUUGUCAAAGAAAUCAAAACAUUUUAAUGUUCAUAAAAUGACACUAAAAGUUAAAUUAAAUAUCUUUGAAAAACUUUUUUUAGCUCUCCUUUAUAUUAAGUUAUGAGUUAAUUUCAAUCUUUUUUCAUUUUAAAGAAUAGAAAUUAUAUAAAUCAUACAUUUUCUUUUUUCAAAGCUGAAAAACUGAAAGUACCACAUUUGUUGAACAUUAGAAUGGUGUUUAUUUGAUCUUUGUCCAUUAAUAUUUCUGUCACUGAAGAUCGAGUAACUUUUGUUUCUUACACACUAUAGUAAAAAACC